GUUUUUGUUGAGUUUUUGUUAUUAUUUGUUUUGUUGUCCAUCCAUAAUUUGUUUUUGAUUUAUCUCAAUUCUCAAUAAAAAGAAUGUUCGGAACUCAACUAGGAAACUUCCCAUUCGCUACGAAUAUAAAUUAUACAGAAGAAAAUUCUAACGGAAGCAUGGAUACAAAUAAUGGGGCUGGCGAUAGUAAUCAGAUAGACAAAACGAAAUUGAUUGUGAAUUACAUACCCCAGUUUGCCACAGAAAAUGAUCUUGCCCAAUUGUUUGCCCCAAUGGGUCAGGUGGAAAGUAUAAAAAUAAUGAGAGACUUCAAAACUGGAUACAGCUUUGGUUUUGGAUUCGUCAAAUAUACUACAUCCGAAGAUGCCGCUAAAGCCAUUGAAGUAUUGAACGGUUUCAAUUUCAGAAAUAAACGUUUGAAAGUUUCUUACUCCCGACCACCAGGAUCAGAUAUGAAAGAUUCCAACCUUUACAUAACAAAUCUACCAAAAGAUGUCACCGAAAAAGAUGUGGACAACUUAUUCAAUAAAUAUGGCGAAAUUGUACAACGCACUGUGUUGAAGGAUAAGAUUACUGGUAUGCCAAGAGGAGUAGCUUUCGUUAGAUUUUCUAGAGGCGAAGAAGCACAGGCGGCUAUUGCUAAUCUAGAUGGAAAGUUGAUAGAAAAUGCAAUAUUACCUUUGAAUGUUAGAGUAGCUGAAGAUCACGGUAGACAGAAGGCACAAUUUCUGGAAUCCUGGAACCCAGUCACGUUUAAUAGAGGGUUACCAGUGAGAGGACUUGUGCCUUUUAGGGAUGGCAAUGCACCUAGACCGAACUUUCAGAAUCGUUUCAACAGGUUUCCAAUAAACAAUAUGAGAAAUAUGGGAGCUGGCGAUACAUUUCUUCAGACCCCGUUCUUUUACUGAAAAACUCCCGGAGUUUUUCGCAAAUAAAACGUUUUGUUCUAAUUUUACUUGCGAUUCGUCAAUUGUUUUGUUUGAAUAGUGUUUUGUUGUUGAGUUAUUAUGUGUUGAUUGUUUUGUUUCAGUUGGCGAAUCGCAUCUUCAUUGUUUUAUUUGAUGACUGAGAAGACUGUUUUGUUGAUUUUUAUAUUAUAUUAUAAUGAUUUACAAGUUUCUAUCAUAUUGUAAGAACAUUCAAUCUUGAUUUAGUUUCUUACAUCAUCCACUUUUUAUUAUGGAUAAUAAUUCAAUUUAACUAAUUGAAAGUCUAAUUAAUUGUGCGAUUUUUUUCAUUAUGAUCCCUGAGGGACAACCGAUCAUGAAGUACCUGCAGAUGUUUAUGAUUAAUUAACACAAUGUCCAAGAAUUGUUAUUGAUGAAUAUUAUAUAGUUUUACUUUAUAUUAUCAUGAAUUGUAAUGUUAACAAGAAUAAAGUUGAAUUUUGUAUAGU